AUGCCCAUCCUGGUCAUCAUCCCAGUCUUCAUCAUCAUGAUGAUGAUGAUUUCGGACUUCAGCUGCCAAAGCAAGACAUCAAAAUGCAACAGGGAAGGAACUGAGGCCGAGUUAAAUUACAAGCUUAAGAAAGUCGAGUGCGAUGGAGAUCCGGUGCGAGUGAAAAACAUUUCAUGCUACGUUAAGCCGAUCAAUUGGAGUACGGGUUUGGUGACCAUGGAUUCAUAUUUGACUGUGCCUAUGCUAAACCCAUAUAUUCGACUGCAGGUUUUGAAGAAGGACUACAGCAAUCAGUGGAAGCCAUUCCUAAUUGAUGCGUCCUUCACCAUUUGCGAGGGGAAAAAGAACUUUUAUCCCUAUGGCGUCAUAUUUUGGAAGCUGGUUAAGAGUUUUACCAAUGCCAAUCAUUCCUGCCCCUUUUCGGGACACAAAUUCGCACGAGGAGGAUAUCUGGAUUCUAGUCUAUUUCCUCCGUUUCCUCAAGGCUUCUACCAAGUCAGUUUGACAUUCACCGAUGUUAAUUCUACCCACAGCGAAUUUGUAGGCACUGCGAAAUUUUACAUGGAAGCCAUGGAACAGAUAAAAAGAAAAACGAAACCUGGUGUCUAA